CUGAGCAAUCCCCUUGCGUUGAAGUGUGUUUCAGCAGACGCGACGGUCCUAUGGGAGAUUUCAGAUCCCCUGGGGACCGAAGGUAGAGUGGAGCACAAGGGUCAGGUCUUCCUGAGACCCACCACUGUCGGAUUGAAUGAUCCUCCUGUUUAAGGCAAGGUUUGGCCUAGGGAUGCCACUUUAAAAUUGGUUACAUCCUCACUGCGGGAACUGUAAAGGAACAGUCUGCAGUCCACAUCGGGGGCCUCUUUUUCAAGAAUAUGUGAGUGAUUUUUACAAUACUGUCUACAUUCAUCUACAGGCACAUAUAAUCCCUGACAUUUUAAAAAUGCCAGCCUUCAAAGAGAUGCUGGUUUUCCCAGUGCUUCUAGCUCUCGUUGGAUUGACCAAAUGCCAGGAAUUACCAAGUUAUGACAUGCUGGAGGAGUUCCGUGUAUCUAAGUCCAGAGGGGUGAGGAAAGUGGUUGGAUCUGAACCUGAUUCAGCGGCCUACCGUGUGAACCCCGCCAUCCACCUGCGCAAAACCAUGAGCGAUGUGUACCCCGACGGCCUGCCCUCCGACUACUCCGUCAUUGCCACGUUUAAGGUGACGAAGGACGCCGCCAAGAGGUCCUGGAACUUGUGGCAGGUCAGCGACCCCGAUGGACGUGAACAGGUGGGCCUCCGUUUUCAGGGUGACACACGCUCUCUGGACUUCUACUACACCAGCCCCCAUGGCACCCAGAUGCUACGCACCUUCCACCGGGUGGACAAGCUGUUUGAUGGAGAGUGGCACAAGCUGGCGCUGCAGGUCAAGGCCGAUAAGGUCAAGUUGCUGGUGGACUGCGAGGAGGUGAGCGUGGAGCCCAUCGAUGAUCCUAGACCCGUCAUCCGCCAGGGUUACACCUCUAUCGUGAAGAGGGCUGUGGGAGAUCGCUCCGCCUCAGUAGACCUCCAGCAGAUGGAUGUGUCCUGUGAUCCAGAGAAGGCCUACUCAGAGGGCUGCUGUGAGCUCUCCAGUGUGUGUGGAGGGCAUGCUGAGAUUGGCCUGACAGCAGGAAGGGCCACCUGUAAGUGUAUGCACGGACAGCCUGGCAACCAGGGACCCCCAGGACCGAAGGGUCACAGAGGUCUCCCAGGCAACACAGGAGAGCCAGGAAGACUAGGCAACUGGGGAGGUAUGGGACAGACAGGUGACUAUGGCCACGUUGGAGAGCCAGGUCCUAAGGGCAUUGCAGGAAUCAGAGGGAACAAGGGGAUGAGAGGACUUCAUGGCCUUGAUGGCGACAGAGGUCCCAAAGGUCUGAAGGGAUUACAUGGCGCCGGGGGCUUCAAGGGAACUCAGGGGUCACCUGGAGAGCUGGGUGAGACCGGAGUACAAGGAGAAACGGGUGAUCCAGGUCCACUUGGAUAUGAAGGAAUUCCAGGAUAUACAGGAGUGAAGGGAGAAGAAGGGGCCUCCGGUGUUGAAGGACCUCCUGGGCCACAGGGAAAGCAGGGUGUUGUAGGUGAUCCUGGAGAGUCAGGAGCUGCUGGGGAAAAGGGAAAACCUGGAACCCAAGGAUCAAAAGGAAGAUAUGGCACCAUUGGACAAAAGGGCAUUAUAGGAGAUCCUGGUUUGCCCGGGAGAGAUGGGGACAUGGGAAUAGAGGCUUACCAAGGACCCCAGGGCCCGGAGGGCAGAAACGGACAAUUCGGAAUAAUGGGAGAGAAAGGAAUGCUGGGGCCGGCAGGGGAGAUGGGGCCUCAAGGCCAAACGGGCCCCAGAGGUUAUAAAGGAUCAGCAGCAAAGCCAGGAAGACCUGGAUUUAUUGGACCCCCAGGACCCGUCGGGCAUGUGGGAGUAGCUGGCCGGCCAGGCCCCAAGGGAGAUAUAGGCAUUGAAGGGAUCCAAGGUGUCAACGGUGAAACGGGAGAAAAAGGAGAAAAAGGCCCCAAAGGCGAGGUUGGAGACGUGGGUGCACAGGGUCCCCACGGUGGUCGGGGGAAGCGUGGGCCAGGGGGCGAGCCUGGACGCACAGGCCCAGUCGGAACAAAGGGGGUCCGUGGCGAUGGAGGACCAGUCGGAUUUCAGGGGCCGCCAGGGCCACCGGGCCCAACCCUCUCCGCACAACAUGUGAUUGAGGUCUGCAAGAGAGUGGUGCUGGAACAGAUGUCCACCUUUGCCAACUCGGUGAAGAGGACGUGUGCCGCCGUGUGCCCACUCUACGGAGACAUCCCCUUGGGUGCCCCCGGUCCAUCUGGACAAAAGGGACCUCCGGGACCUCCAGGUGGUGAUGGUAUUGCCGGUGUGAAUGGAGAGAUCGGACAACCAGGAUUCUAUGGGGAGGUAGGAGACGCAGGCCAACAAGGACAGCCAGGGGAUCAAGGAGAUCAAGGAGAUAAGGGAGCAGAGGGCCAUGGUCUACCUGGCUACAUCGGAGACCAGGGACCAAAGGGCCAACGUGGAAGACCUGGCAGAGCCUUCAAUGGCACACCAGGACGAGAGGGCGAGAGAGGCCAUGUAGGCCGGCCUGGACUGAGAGGUCACCCAGGACUACGAGGAGUCCCAGGCGUGUGUCAGACCACUGGGUGCGCUUUGCUAAACAACGACACAACCAACGGAUCACCUCAGAAUGCACCCCAGAGGUUGAGAAGACACCCAUAGGGGCAAAGAGGAAACUUUUGACCAAGCUGCAUGGAUGUAUUAUGAAAGGGAGAGAGGAGGAGAGGGGGAGAGGUGGAUUAGGGAGAUGUGGAUUGGGAGAGAAGAGAUUUUUUGUUGAUAAAUUUAUUCAAAUCAAAGUCUAAAUAAAUGCUUCAAUGUAAAUAUGCAUCCAAUCUCCACCCUGAAUGACUGAGUUACCCAUUUGACUUUCUCAAAUAAAUCUGUUGUAGAAACUUGUACUGUUGGCCUUAAAACAACACUCCAUUCUCAUGGUUCAUUUGAAAAAGACACCAAAAGCUACAGUAUUAUUUUUGUUAAAAAUUCUGAAAGUUUAUUUGACACAUUUUAUUUACACUGAUCCUAGUUGUCUUCAAAUAUCACUGUUCUUUAUAAUAAAAGUCCAAAAA